GCCUUCAGGUGACGUUCCUUGCCGGUAAAUGGUCCCAGGUCCCAAUGUUGUCACGAUCCACGCUUCCGCCUGCUCACAUAUCCUUCCUUUGCCCAGAUGACGUCCCAUUCAUAGAUUCGGGCGGCGUUGCGUACCCCGCUCUGGUGACGGCAGCCACAUCGUCAACGUCCACGGUUGCAUCAACUACAUCGACCGCAUCCAUAGCUACUUCCGCCCCCGUGGCGCCGCAAACCGCUCCGAUCGCGAGCCCCACACCACAGGCUAAUGGCUCUUCGGUCAAUAGUACCUCUCUCGCGCAGAGUCCUGCUGGUUCUGAUGGGAAAAUGUCACCUGUGAUUGGCAUUGGAAUCGGCUUAUUCCUUGGCAUCUCGUUGAUGCUCGGUGGUUAUUUCCUUUAUCGCAGACGACAAAGGCGCCUGAAAGGCCAAUCGCCGGUGCCUGGCAGUUCAAACUUCACGGUGCACUCGGUGAGUCCCGGCUUUGCCAGGCGGGACACGCAACUAUACCAAUCUCGGUCUCGCGCCGACGAACCUCCUCCACUCUACGACGAGCCUUAUGUGCCCCCGGAGGCAUACAUGUCGUCGGUUCCUGUUGCCUGUUCGCCUACACCGCCGAACCGUGGUGACUCGAUGGUUACCCAUGUUCCGUUGGCCGACACGAAGAGGUAGUCACUUCGGGUGCCCAUAGGCUCCGGCGUCGCGGAAUUGGGUUGAUAUGGCGUAGAGACCCAGGCAUGUUUUUGCCGUGGUUAGAAAUAGCGUUCAUAGACUAUGCAUCGGCGAUUGUUACAUCGACCUAUCCCUUCCUUGCAUACCGUAGAUGAGUG